CCAAAUUCACCACUCCGCCUUAUACGCUCGUCACGCCGGCCACCAUCUUCGGUUCGGUGCGUCGGCGACUCGUCACGCGCAGCGCUCGGCCCUUUUGCCUCCGCGCGAAUCUGCCGCUCGCUGCUCCUUCAGACCUUCACCACCACGCAGCGCCCUUCCCGGUGCACACCUCACCGCCGGUCGCCGUCGUCAGACCGCCGAAAAUCGGCUCGGGGUUCGUCGAUCGCCACCCCGUCGCCUCUGUUCGCCCGUGCUCCGAAUCUCAGGCCGGCCAAUCGGCCAUGGCCAACACCGAGAGGCCGCGCCGCCGCCCUCCGCCGGACCCCGUUGCCGUGCUCCGCGGCCACCGCGCCGCCGUCAACGACGCCUGCUUCCAUCCGUCCCUUCCGCUCCUCUUCUCCGGUGCGGCCGACGGGGAGCUCAGGGCGUGGGAUACCACGAGCCACCGCACCGCCUCCUCGGUCUGGGCUCAUGGCGGGUCGGCUGGGGUGUAUUCGGUGUCUGCUAGUGCCGGACUUGGGAACAAGAUCAUCAGCCAGGGCAGGGAUGGGACUUGCAAAUGCUGGGUGAUUGAAGAAGCAGGGCUGUCACGGAGGCCCCUAUUUACAGUCAAAACAAGUACAUACCAUUUCUGCAAGAUGUCACUGGUGAAGUCUCCUUCUCUAAUACAUGCCCCACAAUCUGGCUCAAGCUGCUCAACUAAUGAUGGAGAGCCACGAAGAGUAAUGAUUGAAGAAAAUACAGAAUCUCAUGGUGUAAAUUCUAUGGAAGGACCCGAAGAACACGAGCAAGGCAUUACCUCUAAUGGACAAAAUAUGAUGGCAAUUGCUGGUCAAGAAUCGUCCCAGGUUGAGCUUUGGGACAUCACAAGUGCAAGAAGGAUAUUGUGCUUGCCCCAAACAUGUAGUGCUAAUACGACAGAUCACCCUACUAAGCAAAGAGGACUAUGUAUGGCUGUGCAAGCUUUCAUCCCCUGUGAAUCUGCCGGCUACGUAAAUAUUUUGUCAAGUUAUGAAGAUGGAAGCACUCUUUGGUGGGAUGUACGAAAGCCUGGGUUACCUUUGUCUUCAGUGAAAUAUCACUCAGAAUCAGCUUUAUCCAUUACUAUUGAUGGGUUAUGCAAUGGUGGGAUCUCAGGAGGCGCUGAUAAUAAAAUAAUCAUGUUCACUCUCGAUCAUCCAAAGGGUAAAUUUGCUCUUAGGAAAGAAAUAGAACUUGAGCGACCGGGUAUAGCUGACACAGCGAUUCGGCUAGACAACAAGAUUGCAGCAACCGCUGGUUGGGAUCACAGGAUUCGGGUGUAUAACUACAACAAAGGAAAUGCUCUAGCUGUGUUGAAAUAUCACAGUGAUUCGUGUAAUGGCGUGACUUUCUCGUCUGACUGCAAACUGAUGGCUUCCUGCUCGGCGGAUACUACGGUUGCAUUAUGGGAGCUCUAUCCCCCUAAAAUUCCAAGCAAAGCAGGCAUCACAACGACGGAUGAGUUCUCCUGUUAGUUUGGUUAGGUCUGCAGUGCUGAAACCUAGAUUAGUGUGUGUUUGGUUGGAGGAUAAUAUUGGAUCUUAGAUGAGAUAUGACCAUCAUGUUUUGUUGGAUGAGGCGAUCAUUUCUUGUUUGGUAGUUUAGAUAUGAUGAUCUAAUUUCUUGUUUGGUUGGACAGACAGAAUUUGGAUGAGGUUGACAGACAGAAUUUGGAUGAGAUUAGUUAAAAUUUUGUAAGACUUGUCAUAUUUUAGUUUUUAUUAAAAUAUAAUUAUGCGAGAUCUUGUUUUAUUGAUUUAA